CUCCGCCUUUCUUUUCCUCCGUUUUCCAAGGCCAGGAAGGCCAGUCAAAGACGAGGAGAACUGAAGUGAGGCCAUUCAGCUAUGGCCCAUUCUCCAGCAGCCCCUGUCACGCAGCAGAUCUGCAGCACGCCUGUCUCACAGCACCGGGAGCCGGAGGAACUGCGAGAGGCCGCCCAGUGCCUGGUGGUAGAUGCGGACGGGAAAAAGAUCCCCUUCAGGGCCCUGUACGGGGAGCAGAAAGCGAUCGUGGUGUUUGUGCGGAAUUUUUUAUGUUACACCUGUAAAGAGUAUGUAGAAGACCUGGCAAAAGUCCCCAAGAGUUUUUUAGAAGAUGCAAAUGUGAGGCUUAUAGUUAUUGGACAGUCAUCUUAUCAUCACAUCAAGCCCUUUUGCAGUUUAACUGGGUAUACACAUGAAAUGUAUGUAGAUCCACAAAGGGAAAUUUAUAAAACACUUGGCAUGAAAAGAGGCGAAGGUAACAACAUAUCAGGCACAUCAGUGCAGAGCCCUCACGUCAAAUCAAACAUGCUGUUGGGAAGUAUUAGGAGUAUGUGGAGAGCGAUGACCGGCCCAGCUUUUGAUUUUCAAGGAGACCCAGCUCAGCAGGGAGGAACUUUGAUUCUAGGCCCAGGUAAUGAAGUUCAUUUUUUGCACCUUGAUAAACAUAGGUUGGAUCACGCUCCCAUUAACAGAGUUUUGCAGCUGGCAGGAGUUAAAACAGUAAAUUUCACAGACAAAUCCCAGAUUAUUGACAUAUGACACUGAAACAAUAUAUCAAUUUCUUAUUUGUAAUCUACAAGGAGAAUACUCCAGAGAUUUCCCACCAGCAUCAAUACUGUUCUGUCUUUAUGGGACAUCUGAAACCAUAUCCAGAAUAUCAGAGCACUGAACAAACUGUGCACUUCCUUGCACUGCAGAUGGACACAAAAGUGCUAUUUCCAUUGUACAUAAGAUAAAAGUAACUGAUUUUAUUGCAAAAAUUCCUUUUGCUUAUUAUUUUCUAAUCAAACAAUCUUGUUAAUAUUUCUAAAAUUUUUUGUUCAGGAUGCACUAACCUUUACGGGAAAAAUCUCUAAACCUAUUUUUGCUUAGAAGGAACUUGGGUUUCUUGUCUUUCAGCAGAUAACACUGACUUUUCAAUUCAACACGUUUCAGUGGUAUUUUAAAAGUGCCAGCAUGUGUGACAUGAAAAAUCACAAUUGCAAACACAGAGGCUUAAGCUUGUGCCUACUCUCGCAUCUGGCAG